CGGCUGCUCGGGUUCGAGUGCUGCUUUAGGGUGGACUGCUGACGGCCAGCGACGCGGCGUCCAGCUCGGUGCCACGCCCCAGCCGGUGCUGCGGGAGCUCCAGCCAUGCUGUUCUGGCACACGCAGCCCGAACACUACAACCAGCACAACUCUGGCAGCUACCUGCGGGAUGUGCUGGCUCUGCCCAUCUUCAAGCAGGAGGAACCACAGCUAUCCCCUGAAAAUGGGGCCCGCCUGCCGCCCCUACAGUACGUGCUGUGUGCCGCCACCUCUCCAGCUGUGAAGUUACAUGAAGAGACCUUAACAUACCUCAACCAAGGUCAGUCCUAUGAAAUCCGGCUGCUGGAGAAUCGGAAGCUAGGGGACUUCCAAGAUCUGAACACGAAAUAUGUGAAGAGUAUCAUCCGUGUAGUUUUCCAUGACCGCAGGCUGCAGUACACAGAGCACCAGCAGUUGGAGGGCUGGCGGUGGAGCAGGCCUGGGGACCGGAUCCUGGACAUCGAUAUUCCACUCUCUGUUGGUAUCUUGGACCCCAGGGCCAGCCCAACCCAACUGAAUGCCGUGGAGUUUCUGUGGGAUCCAGCAAAAAGAGCAUCCGCGUUCAUUCAGGUGCACUGUAUCAGCACAGAAUUCACCCCCAGGAAGCAUGGGGGUGAGAAAGGAGUGCCUUUUCGGGUGCAGAUUGACACAUUUAAGCAGAACGAGAAUGGGGAAUACACGGAGCACCUACACUCCGCCAGCUGCCAGAUCAAGGUGUUCAAGCCAAAGGGAGCUGACCGGAAACAGAAAACCGACCGGGAGAAGAUGGAGAAAAGAACAGUUCAGGAGAAGGAGAAAUAUCAGCCAUCCUAUGAAACCACCAUCCUCACUGAGUGCUCGCCAUGGCCCGAUGUCGCCUACCAGGUGAACAGUGCUCCAUCCCCAAGCUACAAUGGCUCCCCCAACAGCUUUGGCCUUGGUGAAGGCAACAGCUCACCUACCCACCCAGUGGAGCCCUUACCCCUGGGCAGUGAUCAUCUGCUCCCCUCAGCCUCUAUCCAGGAUGCCCAGCAGUGGCUGUACCGCAACCGCUUCUCACAGUUCUGCCGGCUCUUCGCCAGCUUCUCAGGUGCUGACCUGCUGAAAAUGUCCAGAGACGAUCUGGUCCAGGUCUGUGGCCCUGCAGAUGGGAUUCGGCUCUUCAAUGCCAUCAAAGGCAGGAAUGUGAGGCCAAAGAUGACCAUCUAUGUCUGCCAGGAGCUGGAGCAGAACCAAGUACUCUUGCCCCAGAAGCAGGAUGGCAGUGGAGACAACAGCCUGUGUGUGUACCACGCCAUCUUCCUGGAAGAGCUGACCACCUUGGAGCUGAUAGAGAAGAUCGCCAGUCUGUACAGCAUCCCCCCACAGCACAUUCACCGGGUUUAUCGGCAGGGCCCCACUGGCAUCCAUGUGGUGGUGAGCAAUGAGAUGGUUCAGAAUUUCGAAGACGAGUCUUGUUUUAUCCUCAGCACAUUAAAAGCAGAGAGCAAUGACGGCUACCACAUCAUCCUCAAGUGUGGACUCUGAGCAGCCGAAACCUGCGCCUGUCCCCACCCCACGCAUCCCCGGCUGUAGACGUUGCACUCACUGUCGGCCGCUGUUUCACCUAACAAGCUCAGACCAGGAAAGCCAGCGACAGCCACGGACACAGAGUCUGGCCUGCGGAACGCCAGCGGUUCCCUUCUCUCUCCUCUUGGCUUUCCGCUUUUUAACGGUUCCUUGUUCUGUUUCCCAGGCAGACGGUGGGGACAUACAUCUCUUAAACCCCGAACCUGUGGUUGGAGGCUCCUUAGUUGGUCCCUCCUGACUGCUCUCUUUGCCUCACCCUGUUCUGCACCUCCUUCCUGGGCCACUGGCCUCGUGGCUAGCUCUGCCAGCCUGACAGGGACACCUCCAGCUCUCCUCUAGUACUCGCUCCCUUCUCACGGACCUGGUGGCAGCCUCUCUCCUGUUCUUGGAUGAAUUACUAGGACUGGGGCUAUUUAUUUUGUGCCUUCCGCCUCUCCCUCAGUUGCCUUGAUUCUAAGGAGCUGCCACAUUCAAGCCUGGAGGUGUGUGCAUGUCUGCCUUGACACGGUCGAUGCCACAGUAUGCCGGUGUGACCUCGUGGUCAUUGUAUUAGUUAUUCCUCUGUAGUGUGAUAAGAUAACCCGAUAAAAGCAACUAAGUGCAGACAGGGCUUGUCUGGGCUUCUAGAGUUGAGGAGGGAUAGAUUCUAUUAUGGUGAGGAAAGUGUACUGUGGAAAGCUGGUUGAACUUAUUUUCAUAUACAUAGGAUGCAGAGAGAGAAUGCACAUGAACCGGAAGUGGUGCAAGCUUUCAAGCCCUCAGUGACCACCCCCAGUGGUAAACUUCCCCCAGCAAGACUGCAUCUUCUAAAGGUCCCAUAACCUCCACAGACAGUACCACCAGCUGGGACAACACGUGCAAAUAAAUACACGAGCCUAUGGGAUACAUUUAUCAUUCAAACCACGCAUUUUGCCCCUGUGUGACCUCUCACAGCUGCUAAUUGGGGUGGCAAUGGACUGGAAGAUGGCGUGGAACCCCCUCGCCAGGGAAGAGGGAUGAGAACAAAAUGAUUCCUCUCGGGCUACUGCAGUGUAAUCUCAGUGAGUAAAGAGUACUGAGGAGGUGAGGAUUGCAUUGGAUCCAGUGGCCUUGACCAUUAAUUUAGAGCUUUAGGUUGGGGUGUGGCUCAGCAAACCCCUUGCCUGGCAAGUGUGAGGUACUGGGUACCAUCCGGUCCUGCAGCAGGAGGGAUUUAUGGAAUUCCCCUUUUGAGACAACUUUGGUUAACCAAGCUGUUUGCCAAGUCUCCUAGGGGAAGUGUAUUCUCUACAGUGCUCUCAUGUAAGAGUCUGGCUUUCCCAAUUGUAGAUGUACUUUGUCUUGUUGGUAUGGUUGAAUCACCUUUUUUCCUGGAUCUCGCUCUGUAGACCAGGCUGGCCUCGAACUUACAGAAAUCCACCUGGCCCUGGCUCUGCCUCCUGAGUGCUGGGAUCAAUGGUGUGCACCACCGACGCCCAGCUGAAUCACCUUUUUUAACUAUGGGGAAAUUUGAGGAUCAGUAGCUGUGGUAGACCCAAGAAUUCAUCUUCAUUUUGCCAGGGAUCUGUGCUGGCCCAAGGCUUCAACUCCUUCCUAGUCUAAGUUCCCCCAAAACAUGGUGAGCCCUCUGAUCACCAGAGCUUUUGUGGGAUAUUCUAGACUUAAAGAUCAUCAGGCUUUGGCAAACAUUAUUUUACAGGCAGAGAAACUGUUCCUACAGUGAGGCUGGGCUCUCAGUUCCUUGACUUCUGGGAGUGUGUGGGUGGGGCUGACAGCUUGAUUCAGAUGUUGGUGCUGUGACCAUAUUGGCACAGACUUUCGUGUGGACAGGGUUUCAUUUUGGGAAUGUGGCUGGGAGUAGAGUGGAUAGUUCUUAAAAUAACUUCACCUCUUUGAGGAACUGCCCUGUGUUUCCCACAUUGCUACUGCACCUGUUUACGGUCCCACCAGUAAUGGAGGACGGUUCUAGUUUCUCUGCUUCACCAACAUUUGCUGUGAUCUCUAUCUCUUCCUCCCUCUCUCCCUCCCUCCCUCCCUCCUCCUUUCCAUGUUGUCCAGUCUGGCCUCCAAGUCGCUAGGUAGAAGAGGUUGAUGGACCUUCUGGUCCUCUACCUCUGUUUUCUGAGUGCUAAGAACACAGAGAAGUACCUCCACCCAAGUGUCUGCCCUGCUGGGAUGGAAGCCAGGGCUUUGUGCUUGGAGGGAAGUGCUCUACCCUGAGCUCCUCCCCUUGUGUUGAUCGGUCUUUUGUGUCACAGUGUCCUGCGGUGUCCUGCAUUUCUCUGAUGGCCAGUGAUGUUCAACGGUCCUGUCACAUGUUGAUUGGCCAUUUGUAUGUCUUUGGGGAAGUGUCUGUUCAGGGCCUCUGCCCCUUUUUAAAUUGUGCUCUAUCUUUUCAUCGAGUUGUCCAAAUUGUUGGUAAAUUCUAGGUGAAGUCCUCUACCAGUUUUUCUUCGUUUUGUAGAUUGUCUUCACCCUCUUAAUGGUGGCCCUUGAUGUGUACAAGUUGAACCUGACUGAGCUUGGUGGUAUGCACCAGCACUCCGGUAUGCAGAAGGCUGAGGCUUCCAAGUCGAAGGGCAGCCCAGCCUACAUAGUGAGACCCUGUCUCAAGAACUAUCAUUAUUAUUACUUUCAUUUGGGUGAUGACUGAUCUACCUACUACUCCUGACGUGCUUUUGAUGUGGAUUCUAAGAAACCAUGACCUAACGCAAACUCAGGAAAAUCAAUGUCUGUUUUCGUCUAAGAAUUUGUGAAGUUUUAGUUGUUACAAUGUUCUCUGCUCCAGUUUAAGUUGGUUUUACAUGUAUGGUGUGUAGAUGGGGGGUCCAAUUCUAUCCUUUUGCAUGUGAGUGUCUGCUUUUUUACCCCUAAUUACUGAAAGACCUGGCCUUUGCCAUGACUGGUCGCUUUUGCUGGAAGCCUCUGAUUCCUGGAUUUCUCUGGGAUGGAAUUGUAGUCGCUGCUGAUCUCUUGUUUCUUCCCCCUUCUCAGUCUGCAUCUGCGUCUGCUGAUCUUACAUCACCUCCCCCCUCUGGCCCUGCACUCUCUCUGUCUCCUGUCGGCAGGACUGGGUGACAUUGCUCUGUUCUGCCAUCUUUUCUGGUACAUGACCUACCACUUCCUAGUUCUAGAGGAAGAUCACGCCCAAGCAUUUCCAUGUUUCCAUGUUUGCAUCGAGAGGCAACUGAGUCACUUAGAGGAAUUUGCUCAGGGUCAGUCACGGGAAGGAGCAGAACUAGGUUUUGGGCCUCUGACUUUCAGCCCAUCGAGUGUCUGUGGCCACUGUCCCCAAGUGAUGGCUCCACAUGGGCCGUGUGAGCAGAGACUAAAUAAUUCUAAGGAAUGGGCGUGUUGAUACCUUUCUUUCUCGGUUCCAAAUCGAGAGCAAAAGAUGGCAUGUCUUAGUAGGGCCAGAUGGCGUGGGAAGUCCCAAGUCUUGCCUUGGGGGUCUGUAUUAGUUAUUUUUUCUCAUGGUUGUGACAAACGUUAUGACAAACAAAAGCAACAGAAAGGAGGACAGGUUUUUUGGCUCACAGUCUUGGGGUUGUGGCCCAUCAUGGCAGGGAAGGUAUCAGCAGGAGUGAGGCGCUGCUCACAUGGCAUCCACGUCAGGAAGCAGAGAGAGAUGGAUGCUGGGCUCCUCUCACCCUCUCCUUUUUAUUCAGGGCAAAACUCCAGCCCAUGAAACUUGAAGGUGGGUCUUCCCACCUCAAGUAGCUAAUCUAGAAACUUCUUCACACACUUACCUGGAAGAGGAGCGACCAUGACCAAGAAGAUGGUUUUCCCAGGGGAGACUGCCUCUUUGCACUCUGGAAGUGCUGGUUUCUGAUGUCCCCCAAACACAGGAAACUUGACUGCAUAAUUUUUCUUGCCCUUGCUGAGUAAAUGAAAAGAAUACAAAUGCAAACCUCUCACAGACAUACCCGAAGGUUUGAUUCCAUGGUGAUACUAAAUCCCACCAAGUCGACAAUCAAGAUUAAUCAUCUUGGGGGUCUAGAAAAAGGUCAGACAUUGCCCUAGUGACCUCUCACCCAGUCUGCCUGGAGCCUCUUGAGCAGAGCUAUUAACCUAGAGCGAUCUUUACAGGGAAAAAGCCGGAACCCACAAGCACGUCACCAGUUCCUAAGUCCAGUGUUGCUUCAGGGGCUGGCCCAAGCCACUGAAGUUCUGAAAAUCAUUAACACGUCAGUGGGAGAAAUAGAAAGGCUCUUUAGCUGCUGUCAGUGGAAAGUUGAGGUUGGUGGGGGCAUGGGGAGUUGAACGUGGGCGCUCUUAGGUACACUGGAGGGGUGGGAGCAAGAGUCAAGGGUCCCAGGCUGCAUCACGAGUGACUGUGUCUCUUUAGUGGGAGCUGAGCAGUCUGUCCACUUGGUAGUGUCUGUCCCUAGGUUUGCCCCCCAGCACCGCCCCCAAAAUGUAGUAAGCAUUGACUUGGAGACCUCAGAACCUGGUCAUGGCAGUCAGGAGGUGAAUCUGAGCCAUGGCAAGGCUUAGCCGUUGUUUCCCAGUCAUCAAAGUCAGGCAGUAGCUAGGUGACCCUUGCUUGUCCUGGGCACGCCAAGUGCCCCCAGGCCUUUCCUGCCAUCUGCAGCUAGAUGUGUGUGUGUCGGUGUGAGCCUCAGUGGCACGCUGCUGCCAUCCAUGCCGGUCUGCUUGGCCAGUAUGGGAAGUUCAUACAUGUUCUCUUCUCCCCUUCCCUUCCUUCCAAAGACAGGGCCACCAGGCCGAGGACCAGUGAGAUCCUGGGAAGCGCCCUGGUUUCCUGUCCAAGAUCAGCUCCAACUAUAAGCUCUCCAACCCCCACUGGGCUUGUGGAGGUUCUGCUGGGGUCCCCUCUAGGCGUUCCUGUCACUGCGCUCACAGAUGCGGGCCUGGACCAUCGGGCUGCUCUUAGGGCUAGCGUGGUGAGGUCCUGUGUUCCCUUCCUUCCAGGGAGCCAACCCCGCACCCCGCGCUACAUGUUCGCAAACGGGAACUGAAUCCCGUGCUGUAAGUCUGGUUUUGCCAUCAGUCGGAUAACAGAGAACAUUGUCUUCAAACCUAGUUUAGGAAAUGAUAGCCCUGCAUCGACAAUUAUACUAAAUUGCUAUAUUUUGAAUUGCUUAUGUUAAGUCAUGCAGGACUGGGGUGUGGCUCGAUGGCAGGGCACUUGCCAGCCAUGAUCGAGGCCCCGGGUUUGAUGCCUAGCACCAUAAACCAUACAUUGUGGAGAGCUGGGUGCGGUGGUGCACACCUGUACCACCGACCCUGGUGGUGAUGCUGGGGCUGGGUUUGAGGGCAGUUCAGGGCUAUUUAAAAAAAAAAAAAAAUGGAAUUUUGUUUUCUCUCGUGCCAACAUAAUUUUACCUCUUGGCCCUUAAAUACUGAAAUAUUUACUCCCCAACUUCUCCCUUUUAUGUUUUUAAUGUGUUGUAUUUUAUUUUGUAGCGAUAGGGAACAAAGCUAGAACCCAGGGCCUCACACAUCUGAGGCAGGUGUUCUGCCACCACGCUAGCCCCCCAGCUCCUCAGAUUGAACCCAGAACCCAGAGAUCCUCAAGCAUGCAAGGCCAACGCCCUGCUGCUGAGCUGCGCACCCGACCUCAGUUGCCUUCUCUCUCCUUCAGAUGGUUUAAAGGCAGUCUCAGGUGUGACGGGCUGUCUUCAAUAACAAACGCAUGUUGCAUAAACUUAGAAGAAGAGGCUGUAUUCAGAGAAGAAGUCUGGAAUGCUCCUUGCCUUCUGGGUAUCUCACUUCUGGAAAGUUCGGGUCCUCACUUGGCUCCCACGGACUCUGCCCAGCCUCUCCAUGGGAGUACAGAGGUCUCUUCCUCAAAUGCCCCCUGCUACUUGGAGCCCUGCUCGGCCUUUGUUAUGGCCCCCUGCUGUGGGGGGUGGCGGUGGCCUGAGCUGCUCACUGGAACCUGUCCUGGAAGGGAUAGGCUGAUUUGGGCUGGUGCCCUGACUAAAGCCCUGCAUCGCACCCCUGGACUCUGCAGACCCUUCCCUUGUGUGCAGGGCUGUGAGUGCCCGGGCAGCUUCCUGCCUUCCUUGGACCCAUGUUUCUAGGUCAGUUCUGGCAGGGUAGUGUUGUGUCCUUCAGGGUUGCCCAUCUCCCAUGGCUUGUCUGUCACUCGUAGACCCCUCAGGUCUUCAGCAACCCCUCACAGGCAGCGGGCACUCAUAACUGCCUCCCCUGUGCUCCACUUUGACAAACUUCAUUGAGUUUUUCCCCAGGCUUCUAGCUGGGGAAACCAUUGAAAAGUUAGGACAGACCAGGGUCCUUACACUACAGCAGGUUGAACAUCCUGUUAACCAAAUCCAAAAUUCUGCACCAGGCCUCAUGAGACAGGGCACAUUCAAAACAUGGAUACACUACAAACAAAAUUGCCCUUGGGCCAUGUGUACAGCAUAUGCAGAAACGUGACUGGGUUUUGUAUUUAGAUGUAAGUCCCAUCCCCAAGAUAAACAUAUUAUUAUGUAUGUAUCAGUAGCUCAAGAUCUGAACCCACCCCUGAUCUAGGGUUUGAUCUGGGAUGUGAAACCUGCAAUGGACAGAGCCAGGAUGAGUGUCUGGCAUCCAGUCCUGGUGCCAUCCAGGCCACACCUGUUAGGUCUGUGGGCAAGCUCAGUUCCCAUGUAGCUGUCCUGAAGCUUUGUCCCUGGACUGGCAGUCCUGCUGGGAGAGCUUUGAGGGGCUAGAGUAUUAAACACAAGCAUAGGGGGACUGUUUCAUGCCCUGACCCCGUCUCCUGGGUUAUUGACUGUGUUCUUUUAUGUCCGUGCUUUAAAGUGAUUCUUUCCUGAGGUGUCCCUUCUUCCUCUGCAUCGGGUGAUUAUUUUCUAAAGGUGGUGGGGGAUUUUGGGGGGUGGUCCAGAUUGGUCAAAUAUGUGUGAUAGGUCAUGGGGAGGUGGCCAUGGAAACUCAAGUUGUCAUAAUACCAUGUUGUUUUUGUACCUGAAAUAAAGCAUAUUUUGCACUUGUAAAUGAGAAAUCUGUAUGUGGGCUCUGUGCUGGGUCAGAAUGCAAAUAAAGCCAUUUGUACUAAA